AUGCCUAUCGAAAGAAUCGACCUUGAGGCGCAACAAGAGACGGAUGACGUGUUAUUUCUUUCUGAAGAAUAUCUUGGGACUUUUAGUCGUCGAAGACGUCUCUCAUCUUGCACAAUUGGGGAUGAGGAUACCAGCAGUCACUCAAACACCCCAGCCCGCCUCCUCGAACAGGGUGAACUUGAACUCAAAGCAAUAAGGCUACUGAAUACGACUAUACAAGCCGGCUCCUUUCUUGAAGUACGCCCAUUCUUUUCCGGAAAAUAUCUUAUUGAGUUUAUUCUGGUCAAAAUCCUUUUUCGAUGCCGGUCUACAAAUGCGGUCAGAAUCCGUGGCACACCGUUCCUGAGAAACCGUUCAGCUUUAGCAAAGCUUCCAAAGAAGCCAAACGAAGUCUGCAUGCUGAUAUGUCGGGAUGACGACACGAACAACGAAGAAGCAACAGACAUCAGUACAUCACAAAAGCUGGAGGUUUGCUACGCUGGACAAAGGAGCCGUCGGAAGCAGGUUGAAGAAUCUCUUGUUCGUAUUGACCCUAGCGAAGUCUCACGGAGAGAAUAUAGAAUUUCCAACGAGAUACUCCGCAACAGAUGGCGAGGAACUACCGCCAGAGGAGGCUCAUGGAACCCCUUUUCGGGCGGUCACCUUAUCGACCUGGAGUCUGAGCGGCCCAGCGAAGAAGAUAGAGGCCACGGUCAGCGGUACACGAUAUUUGACUCUUGUUCCGGUGCUGGUGGAGUAUCGCGAGGAGCCCUCAUGGCUGGCUUCAAAGUCCAAUAUGCAUUGGAUAAAGCGCCCGAGGUUUGGGAUACCUACCAAGCAAAUUUUUCUGAAACCGAACUAUUCAAGAUGUCGCUUGACCAAUUUCUAUCCAACCCGCAGACGAGUCAUAUGCGAGUUGAUGUUCUACACUUUUCUCCGCCCUGUCAAUUCUUUUCGCCAGCACACACACACGCAUCAGAACAUGAUGAUACAAAUAUCUUUGCUUUAUAUGGCUGCAAUCAACUACUCAAGAAGUUGCGUCCCCGUAUCAUCACCGUGGAGCAAACAUUCGGGCUUACGCAUGACCGGCACGAGGAGUACUUCAAUGGAUUCCUCGGGGACUUCACACAGCAUGGAUACUCCAUACGCUGGAGAGUCAUAAGGCUUUGCACGUGGGGAGCUGCUCAAGACCGGAGACGCCUAAUCAUUAUUGCCGCUGCACCGGGCGAGAGACUUCCAACCUUCCCCCAAGCUACACACAGUUGUGAGGGCGGCAAUGGACUGCUGCCCUACAAUAGCAUCGGAAAGGCGCUAAGGGGCAUCCGCGCAGGUGAUGAUCUUCAUGACCUGGAUAAUGUCCAUUAUUUCGAUCCACCGCGAGCGCCAUAUGACCCAGAGCGCCUGGCAGGGACCAUCACCACUGGCGGAAGUGAUUUUUACUACCCUGACGGCUCACGAAAGCUCACUCUUAGAGAGUAUGCAAGCUUGCAGGGAUUUCCGAAGUCGCAUCAGUUCCUCGGUACGAAAACAUCCAUCAAACGGCAGAUUGGAAACGCGUUUCCCCCAAACACAGUCCGUGUUCUAUACAAGCACUUAGAGCAAUGGCUCUUGAAGGAAGACCGUAUGAAUUCAUUCACCAGCAACCAAGACAUCAUCCUCAUUGAGGAUGAUUCCGAGGCAACAGCCAAUCUUAUAGAUGAUUCUGAGGAUAGGCCACGCUACUCUCCGGACAUGAUGGACGGAAAUAUUGUUGAGGCUUUCGAUAUCCAACAACAUCGACGCGGCAGAUACCCAUGGGCUGUCGAGGACAUGGUGAUUGACUUGACCUAG